UGAGACAUUCGGAGUUCAAGCUCCACUCCUCCGGACAAACUCUGACCUCAGGUGUUUCUAGCUCUUCGUAGCCUUCCUGAAAUUGGGCGGGCUUGGAUCCCAGGCCCUUGGCUCCUGUUCCAGAAAGCCGGCGUCCUGCUGCACGAUGCCCCACCUGGGGCCUCUGCACCGUGGGGUCUGGGCUGCGCUGCUCCGCCAGCUCCUGCGACCUCCCCGCGCUGUGUGCAUCCGAGCGGUCGGUUGUCACAGCCAGGUUGCAGAGGCAGUGCUAACAUCCCAAGUGAAAACACAUCAAGAGAAACCGAAUUUUAUCAUCAAGGUUCCCAAGGGCACCAGGGAUUUAAGUCCUCAACAGAUGGUCGUGAGGGAGAAAAUUCUUGAUAAGAUUAUCAGCUGCUUCAAACGUCAUGGGGCACAGGCGUUGGAUACGCCAGCAUUUGAGCUAACAGAGAUGCUCACCGAGAAAUAUGAAGACAGCUGCGGCCUCAUGUAUGACUUGAAGGAUCAGGGGGGAGAGUUGCUGUCUCUCCGCUAUGACCUGACUGUCCCGUUUGCUCGCUAUCUGGCCAUGAAUAAGUUGAAGAAGAUGAAACGAUACCAAGUUGGGAAGGUCUGGCGGCGAGAGAGCCCAGCCGUAGUCCAGGGCCGUUACCGGGAGUUCUGCCAGUGUGAUUUUGACAUUGCUGGUGAGUUUGACCCUAUGAUCCCUGAUGCAGAAUGUUUGAAGAUCGUGUGUGAAAUCCUAAGUGGAUUGCAACUGGGGGACUUUUUCAUUAAGGUAAAUGACCGGCGGCUUGUAGACGGGAUGUUUGCCGUCUGCGGUGUCCCUGAGAGCAAGUUCCGUACCAUCUGCUCCUCAAUGGACAAACUGGACAAGAUGUCUUGGGAAGAUGUGAAACAUGAGAUGGUGGCAAAGAAAGGCCUAGCUCCUGAGGUGGCUGAUCGAGUUGGGGACUUUGUCCAGUGUCAUGGGGGCUUGUCCCUGGUAGAGGAGAUGUUCCAGGAUCCCAGACUGUCCCAAAGCCCCCUGGCCCUGCAGGGUCUAGGGGACCUGAAGCUGCUCUUUGAAUACCUGACUUUAUUUGGAAUUGCUGAAAAGAUCUCCUUCGACCUGAGUCUGGCCCGGGGCCUAGACUAUUACACAGGGGUGAUCUAUGAAGCGGUGCUGCCGCCGUCUCCAGCUCAGGCUGCAAAGGAGACGCUGAAUGUGGGUAGUGUGGCCGCUGGAGGGCGCUAUGACAGGCUGGUAGCCCAGUUUGAUCCCAAUGGCCAUAACGUGCCUUGUGUGGGGUUGAGCAUUGGAGUAGAGAGGAUCUUCCACCUUGUGGAGCAGAAGAUGAAGCUUUCUGGUGAGAGGAUUCGAACCACAGAGACACAAGUGUUUGUGGCCACACCCCAGAAGAACUUUCUUGGCGAGCGCCUGAAGCUAAUUGCAGAGCUAUGGGAUGCUGGGAUCAAGGCAGAGAUGCUAUAUAAAAACAACCCUAAGCUGUUAACCCAGCUGCACUACUGUGAGAAAGCAGACAUUCCUCUCAUGGUCAUUAUUGGUGAGCAAGAACAGAGUGAAGGCGUCCUCAAGCUCCGGUCAGUGGCCAGCAGAGAAGAAGUGACCAUUAAUCGAGAAAAUCUUGUGGCUGAAAUUCAGAAGCGACUGUCAGAGUGUUGAUUGUUGCCUGAUUUCCAUCGGCCGAGUUCUGGUGGACUUUACAACAGUUGGCCAGCAUGGACGUUGUACGAGUGCCUUGUGCCUCUGUCUGCCCUGGAUACAGAGUUAGAGAAGGUCCUGAGGACUUGUGGGUUAGAGUUAGCAGCUGCUCUGCUGGAGUGCACAUGGCUG